AUGUCAUCACAUUCAACAUUACUACCGAUUAUCCGUUCGGUAUUCUCUCGAUGGACAGCAUUGCAACUAGCCGUCGAUCAUUCAAUGGGUGGUCCGAACAGUCAAGCCAAAUACGAAGCAUUCAUCGACGCAUUUGGUCAACAUCUCGUACGAAAUGUUCGACCAACACUAUCUGUGUCUUCCAUGGAGCAGGAUCUACAAGAAUAUCUCGAUGAAGUUCUAGAUGAAGAAUUCAAUACCGUUUUAGAUGAUGGAUCGAGUGCUGAAUUAGCACAAUUGUUCAUUCGCUAUAUUCAACUAAUUCAACAAGGCAGAUUAGCUGAUGUUCAGCAAGAACUACAAUUACAGCAGGCAACCGUAGCACCAGCAGCGCGAAUGUCCGUUCGAAAUCAACCUGAAGAUAGUUCGUCAUCGGAGGGCGAAGACGAUGAUGAUAACGAUUUCGAUAUGAGAGAAGAAUCAACAACUACUGAAUCAAAGUCUCAGUCAAUGGAUGUCGACGAAGACGGCUGGACAACGGUUCAUAGACGCAGUGGAGGAAAGAAAUAA